AUGCCAAGCCCGCCGCGAUUGCCUGUGCAUGACGGGGUCCGUCUCGGCACCACAUCCCGCGUCGAUCAGGCCCUGGAUUCAGACGAAACAUCCACUGCGGACGCCGCUGUCAGUGUCAACUCAGUGGAAAAUGGGGAACCCCAACCGCCGACGUCGAUCCUGGGAGUGGGCAGUCCCGGUACCGGUAGCACCCCGCUCCUAGCAUCAUCCACAGCCCGAGCUAGUGGUGAUAGCAGCAGCAGUGGAAGCUCGACUCCAACGUCACUAAAUCUUCCCCUCCUCCAGGAUGAGAAGCCCCGGUAUAUGCGACGGCGGCCCCGGCUAAUAAAGAGGUUAUCAAAAAAGAUGGUGUUCUGUUCAGCCUGGGUCUUCGUCAUUGGCUUCCUGUGCGUCUGCCUAUACAACUACCGAUAUAAUGCCAAUGGCCGCGCCCCCUCGUUUGCUCACCCGGACGUGGAAAAGGGCACCCUGAGUAGUACCACCCAACACGGCAACUACGGCGACAACGACGGUGACGGCAAGGCAGACAGUGGUGGUAGUACAAAGGCAAUAACUUCAUCUGUCGACCCGGAUCUCGAGCUAGGUCUUUCGUCCGCAUCUUCUCCUUCGGCUUCGACCUUUUCCAACUCGUCCGCAUCUUACACUUCGGUCCCAACUCCAACACAUAAGAUUGCAGACGCCCAGGACGCGUCACAGUUCCCAUCCACCACCUUGUUGACCGUAACCACCACCAUGGCCAAAGAAAAGCAGCCCGGCGCUACAGCCACAUCUCCUGCAGUCACAUUGCGCCAAGGCCGGUACAUUGGCGUCAGCUUGCCUGUCGAGUACCGCUUCCCCAAUGCCAUUGAGGCCUUUCGCGGCGUUCCCUUUGCUCAGACCACCGGAGGAGAAAACCGCUUCCGGCCACCCAAGGCACUGCCGGACUCCGAGCAGACGUUCCAGGCUGUCAAGUUCGGCGAGAAUUGUCCUAUAGGAGGGACGGUAGGCAACGGGUUUGGAGAGAACUGUCUGAACGCCAAUAUCUACAGGCCGGCAGGUCUCGUUGAUAACGAUGGACUGGCAAAGGGGGACAGCAGCAACAAGCGACCAGCAUUGCUGCCUGUAGUUGUCUACAUCCAUGGAGGUGCCUUCAACGGGGGUAUGGGCGUUGAACGCAAUAUGGCGAGCUUCAUUGCUUGGACCGAUGCGCCCAUGAUAGGCAUUAACUUCAACUAUCGUGUUGGUGCCUUGGGGUUCCUCCCCUCAACAUUGACGGCCAAGGAAGGAUUAUUGAAUCUGGGGUUAAGGGACCAGACUAUGAUGUUGGAAUGGGUGAGGGAGAAUGUGAAGGCCUUUGGGGGCGAUCCGGAGAAUGUCACUAUCAUGGGACUUAGUGCUGGUGCGCAUUCGAUUGGGCACCAUAUCAUGUACUACGCCCGCAAGGCGACUCCGGCACCCUUUCACAGAGCCAUCCUAGAGUCCGGCGCUACUACUGCUAGAGCCGUCCUCCUCCCAAACCAUCCUCGUCACCUGGUCCAAUUUCGUGAAUUCCUCGCCGCUGCUGGCGUCGACGGCGCACCGGAGGAUCAAAUCUUCGAUCAUCUUCGCAAGCUUCCGCUCGAGACCAUAGUCAAAGCGUCCAAGAAAGUCUGGGACCGCUACGAACCCAGCGUAACCUGGCCCUUCCAACCCGUCAUCGACGGGCUUCACGACCACCAACAAGCCACCAGCAACAGCAACAGCGAAACCACUCCCGUCCUAAUCCCCGACAUCCCCAUCACCUCCUGGCGACAAGGCAAACACCUCCGCAUCCCCAUCCUGACGGGCUUCAACACCAACGAAGGCGCAACGUUCAUCCCCGGCAACGCCAACACCAACGGCGACUUCCGCUCCUUCUUCAAGACCCUCAUCCCCACCCUCGCCGAGACCGACCUCGCCGCCCUCGAGCACCUCUACCCGGACCCCGUGACAAACCCCUCCUCCAACAACCCGUACCGCUCCGUGCCCGCCGGCAAGGGAGCCCAAUGGGCCCGUCUCGAUGCUGCAUAUAGCCACUACGCUUACAUCUGUCCCGUGCUGCAGACGGCGCACUUUAUGAGCCGGGCUGGGCUGCCGGUUUAUGUCUAUAGGUUUGCGGCCACGGGUAAUUGGAACGCGGCGAAUCACGCGGACGAGGCACCCGUUGUGACGCAUGAUAUGGACUUUUUGAGGUCGUUGGGACCUCCCGGGAGGAGUAAGGGGUUGAGGAAGGUAGCGGAUGGGAUGAAUGCUGCUUGGGGAAGGUUUGUUAGUGGGGAGAAGGUUAUUGAGGUUGAGACGGAUGGGAAGGAUGGUGGGAGUGGGAAGAGGGCGGAGUGGCCGUUGUUUAGGACGCCGUUUGGGGAUGAUGAUUUGGAACUAGACCGCGGCGCUGGGAACAAGACUGCGGAGAGAAAGACCGAAAAAAGGAGGUGGUCAUUGUCAUCAUUGUGGAAACAGAGCAGCAGUGAUGAUGACGAUGAAAAGUCUCCACCAGAGGGGACGGGCAGGAUGAUUGUUUUUGGAGAAGGGAAUAAUGAGCGGGCAGGCGGUAGUAGUCCUGGUACACCGGCUAAGGAGGAGGUUCUCAAUGGGAUAUUGUUGAAGGCUUGCCGGUUUUGGUGGGAUCGGAUAGAGUUGAGUGAGGGCUUGGGUAAAAGCCGCGAAGAGAUGGGGAACGCGGGGGCAGCUGCGAGGGCUAAACUUUGA